GUAUAUUCAAUUUAAUUGUUAAAUAAAAAAAGAAAUAAAAUACUACCCAAAGAAUGAAAAUAUAAAUUUGAAAAAUGAAAAUUAUAAAAAUAAAUGAGAAGCGUACUCUGGACAGUACCUAGUAGCUUCUUCAAUGCCGAUUUUCCAAGUUGUUUCCUUUGACCACUUUUUUGUACAGUUGCCCUUCAACACCAAGUAUGCUCUUCUGGGGUAGACAGACAGAUUGUGAGAGAGAGUCCUCUGUUCGAGGUAGACUCCGAGCAGGAGAUCUGGAGGAGAGAUGGGGGUUUGGGACUUCGUUUCUUCUGCUACUGAUUAUCUUAAAGACUGCGCACCCGAUCCCACAUCCGUCACCCGCGCCACUUCGAUGAUCGGCACCGCCGUCGGUGUUAACUGCUUCCAGAAGCUCACUGGGUACUUGACCGACGAAGAAACCCGGUCCAACAUGACUGAGCUCGCCACCAAAGUAGCCAAAGGCGCCGUCACUUACGCCUGUCUUGAAGCCGUCAAGAUCCUUCCUGGUGGAUUACCGGUUCACGAUAUUAUUGCAAAGUCCCUUCACCAUGACAGGAAACCUAAGGAAAAUGAAGAGAUGAAGCUAUUGCUGGCUAAGGUAGAUAAAAUGGAGAAGGCAUUGCUGGCUAAGGUAGACGGAUCGGAGAUGGCAUUGCAAGCUAAGGUAGACAGAUUGGAGAGGGCGUUGCAGGCCCGAGAAGAAGACAGAGUGGAGAAGGAUCUCGGUGGUAGUAGCAGUUGUCCCGAGCAAGUUCAGGUACAUAACUUCGGUGGAGAGUUAAUAAAAGAUCAGUAUGUGUCAUGUAUGGAACAAAAACCUGAAGAUGUGAUUAAGGAUUUCAUGGCGAAGGAGUUCAUGAACAGAUAUUUUAUAAAUGAUCUUGUAGUUCCUGGGACUAGAUUUAGGUCGAAAUCUGGGCCAUGAUCAUUGAGGUUUAUAGGGUCAUGGCUGUCACCGGUGCUGAAUUUUCCUUGGGGUUCCUUUAAUCUGUGGUUUGUUUAUGUCCUUAUCAGGGGCUUCUUGUUAGUCUAUCAGUAUGUAUAUUGGGGAAGAUCUUUUUGCAUGUAUAUCUUAUUCAUGUAUAAUGAAGUAAUGCUUUGUUUCCCUUUGAAAAUUCUCGUUCUAUGAUCUGUUUGGCUGUGUACGAGGAGGAUAUAGAAACACAGAACAUAAGCAUAUAGAAAAAUGGAGCUCGAUUUCAAUCAAAGGAUUGUCUUGUUCAUGGUGUAACAAUAUAUAUGUUCUUUACUCACAAUGUGGUCGUUUCUUGAAGGAAAGAUUGAUGCUUUGGUGACUUUCAACCAAUGAAGCCGCCCAAACUCUUUUGUCAUCCUUGACUGUUUAUUUUCUUCCAAAUGGACUAUUCCGGAGCAUGCAUAUGGAUUCUAUCCUAUAUGAUUACCAUGAGAGAAAUCUCCAUGCUUAAUUAUAUGGUUUACAUGGUGGAGAUGAUGCAUUUCUAACCUGCAUCAGGUUAUGUUUGACAGAGGCAGGAUAUGGAAAUUUAUGAUGACUCUUUUCCUUAUGGGGAAUUGGUCAUGGCGCUAAGAAAAGAAAUUUCUAUCCUGCAGGUCAGAAUUCAUAAGAGCUAAUUAUUUCAACAUUCUAUUCUGUCUUGUGACUUUUCUGUUGUGUGCGGUGGAACUGUGUGGGUAACCUCCCCAGCUUGAACUGAGUCAUAGUAUCAAUUUGAUGGUUUCACACUGAAUGACAGCGCUUUCAAAAGAACCUUACCUUAUGAGAAGUGAGACACUGAAGAGAGUUGGAAGAAAGAUUUUGAGUAGCAGAUAAUCGAUUAUUGUGACAAACUUGUUCAAGCAAUUGAGAGCAAGGAGAAACGGAACUCGAUGUUUCAAAUAAAUUGUUUUCCGUGAUUGUUCAUGACUCGGCUUUUUACCCGAGAGAUUGUUGCUUUCCAUGAGCCUUAUAAUGCAAACAAAGGGAUCAAACUAAUGAAGGAAACAUUGGCAAUUUGGGUUUAGUACUCAAUGCAAAUAGAAUGGUAGAGCAGCAAGCAGCAGUCGAGGAUGAUAGGGUUCGAGAAGUUGAUAUUUUUCGUUCUUACAACAUUAUUCAAUACUGACCGGUCCUCGGCAUUGUUUGUGUGUAGGCUGUUGCUGAUACAUGGCUACUUUGCAUUGAAAUUAUAUAAGGAAAUGAGAGGAGAUGAACAUGUUGACUAGUAGAAGAAUAUGACUAUCUGCCAUUCUUCCAUUCUUGUUCUUUUGAUCUCUCCUAGCUGUUCUUUGGAGAUACCAAUCCAGAAAAAUUAGUAUGAAUAAAUUUAAUUACAGAAGUACUAAUUAUAAUAAUUGAUAUUAAAUUAUCAGGAAUAAAGAACAUUUUUGUCAACUGAACUUGAAAGGUAUACUCGUUUAUACUUAACAAACACAUAUUGUACCGUACUGGCAGCCAUUAAAAUAAGUUUUUGCCGGGGUGUUUGAUGGCAACCUCGUUCCAUCUUCACCAAUAAAUAGUCAUGGGUAGAAAAUAAAUCAUAUAUUUAAAUAUUUCACGGGUUACCUAUCAGGAUCUGUACAUGCCCCCAUUGCCCAUUUUCCUUCGGGUUUCACUAUCGAUUAUAUACGAUUAUAAUAUUUUCUAAUGCCGAGAAUAUUUGUAUAUAUAUUAGUUGACUUCAACAGAAUACACUACCGAGUCUUCGGUGUGCGAUUAGGAACUCCGAGAAGAGGUGGAGAGCUGGAUGAGAGAUGGGGCUCUGGGACACCAUUUCCGAUUCCUUCAAAGACAAAACACGCGAUGGACCUUCCUUCACGGACGCCGCUUCAAGGAUCGGCACCGCCGUCGCUGUUCACUGCUUCGAGAAGCUGGUAACCUCGUAUUUCUCCAGCGAAGAACUCCGAUCAAACAAGACCGAGCUAGCCGCCAGUGUAGCCAAAGACGCUGCGUUUUACGCCUGCAAGGAGGCUAUCAAGAACGUCUCAAGUGGUGGAUUACCAUUUCAUGGCAUUCUUCCAAAAUCCCUCCACCAUGACAGUAAGCCUGAUGAAAAAAAUGAAGAGAUGAAGGCAUUGCUGGCUAAGCUAGAAACAAUGGAGAAGGCGUUAAUGCAAGUUAAGGCAAAUGAAAAAGAGAAGGAAUUGCAAGCUCAAGUAGACAGAUUGGAGAAGGCAUUGCAAGCCAGAUCCAGUAAAAGAACUCUGGAGAAGAAUCUUAGCUUCAACCGCAGGAGCAUGCUUAAUCAACUGCAGGUGCAUAAUUUGAGUGCAGGGUUAAUAAAGGGUCAAUAUGCAGCACCACAGCUUGACCAAAAACCUGUAGAUGUGAUUAAGGAUUUUGUGGAGAAAGAUUUCAUGAAGAAUUAUUUAUCGAGUAAUUUGAAAUUUCCCGGAGCCAGGUUUAGAUCAAAAUCGUAGUAGAAGGAGCCGAGUAUAUGAUGAUCAU